AUGAAAACUACAUUCAUUAGUCAGUAUGCCGAAGAUUACAAAAUUAUUGCUAACCAGUCUGGUGUCAGAACAGCCAACAAAGAUAAAUAUGGGACAAUGCUGCGUGAUGCGUCACAUUUUGAUGAUCACAAUGGAAAAACACUUCACCUGAUUACUGUCAAUUACAUCUGUUGGAUUAAUUCUGGUGAACUUCAUUUUCUUUCGUAUGAUAAAACUGAGCAACUCACAAGAUACAAGCCUGAAAUUACUGACUGUGAUAUAUUUUUGCCAACACGAAUCUUGGACAUAUUCUUUGACAUUGAAAAUGAUCCGUCAAAUGAAAUCUUACUUACCAAUCGAAGAAGUAAUGGAAUAUUUCAACAAGAACAGAGAGAAAGCUGA